UUACAAAUUAACAUUACAUAACCUUACAUGUUUCCUGAAAUUAGUGAAAUUACAUAUUUUUUAAAUAAUUUAUAAAGAUUAUAAAAAGUUGCAGAUUAGGCUAUUCUAUAAUUUCAAUUUAGUAAUCAACCACAAAUGUGACUGCCUAUCUACAACUGUUCAGCAAAGUUUUUUUAAACAAGAAAAGGUAUGAUGAUGAAAAAUCCAAAGCCCAUUUUAAGUUUGCAACAGUUUAUUCUUAAGCAGGAAGUCAAGAAUCUAUACCGCCAAAUAUUUCGUACUAUAAAAGAAGUACCUGAUAAAAAUUACCAAGAAGAAUUGAAGCAGUGGGCAAGAACAGACUUUAGGGCAAAUUCAAAUCAUACAGAUGAAACAGUUAUUAAAAUGUAUAUACAAUAUGGAAAACGAUGUUUGAGAGAAUUGGAAAAUAAUGUUGGCCUAGCAAAAGCAAAAUAAUACUUGUUUGUAUUUAUACAGUUUCUACCUAAUUAUGGAUUAAAUUAAUUGAAAACAAGUAUAGGAGUGGACAACACUAAUAGAGAAUCUGGAUGAUGGAUAAACAAAUAUUUUUAGAGAAGAAUAAAAUAAAAGAUUUUCUAGUCAUAUUUAUACAGGGUGACUCUUAAGUGAAUUUUAAUCUCCAAAUUUUUGAGGAGUAUCUGCCUCUUCCUUAAAUGUUAUUGAGGCGGUAAUUUGAAUUCUGUCAUUUACUAGAUUGAUAUUAUGUAAAUAAGAUUAAAGAAAACUCAAUAAUAAUUUGACUGUGUAUUUAUUAAGAUGCUAUAUGCAUUUAUAUAAAAUACAAAAAUAUGAAAGCAGUAAAUCCAUUAUUAGGCUGGUGUUGCUUGAGAACUUAACUAUGUGACACACUUUAUGUUAAACUAGUAGAAUCUUGCAGUUUUCUAUAAUAACAAGAACAAUGAAUACACAAGAUAUACUAUCAAAAUAAUAGUACUUAUCC